GUAACUUCCUAGUUAGGAGCUUAUCAACAUAACAACGGGAAUGAUCUGUUUGGUGUUUAUUUAUCUAUUAGCAUACACAUUUGGAGGAAUCAUGAGCACAAGUGCACAUGACGGGGCAAUCGUUUUUCAAGAACGAGAUCCCUCUGUUAUAAAAGACAUCCUUGACAUGCUGUUGAAUGAGAGCGACCUAACCUUGAAAGAUCACCGACAAGAGGAACAUCGCUUGAAAUCGAGAAUUUUAGCGAAGGAAACCUUUCAUUUCAUUACGAGCACCGGGGAGGAAUUCAUUGUUCACAGUGAAACUCUAAACGAUAUAAAUAAAAUUGAGGUGGUGUCUAAUUUCGACCCGGCGGAGACCGUGCCCAUAAAGCUGCUGCUGUCACUAAUUGGAGGAGGAAAUGUUAAAUCGGUUACUAUUAGCAGACCCCGUAAUCGACAUAAAUGA